CGCAACGGAGGAUUGCUUGUUUCUUACUUUAUUUCCCUUUUGGGUCGUAUGCGUUGUUUUAUUCUUUCCCCGGUGCUUUUUUCGCGACCGGUAAUCGAUAUAUAUAUCCGAGAGGCAAAAACCGGCUUUUGGGCAAAUUCGCGAUCGUUAUCUUUCUUCUGUCCUGUUUGCUGAUCGCGAACCACGCCGGUCCUGUGACUCUUCACGAUGCAGUUUUCGUGGGUCCAGUAAAGCGAACGGCAGCAGUGUCAUCAACUCAAGUAAGGAAUAGAAUCGAAUUCAUUUAAAUAUCUUGAAUUCGGUGACAGGAAGUGAUAUUUAUUACCAAACCAAGAGGGUGAUGCAGGAUUCCUUCUACGGAGCGUGAGAAUUUAUGUGGUUUGAAGAGUGAAAUACGAAAAAUAAUAUUACCGCCUUCUUUUAAAUGUGCAGUGUCUACCCUAGCUUCGGCGUUGUAGUAAGUCAAGAUAAAGUCAAUUCCUCGAGAAAAUAAUUGAAUUAGCGUGAGUGAAUAAGUGAGAUAAUGCCAUAAUCAAAGAAAAUAGAGCUUGAUUAUAAUUAUUCCAAAAAGUCUUGUGAGAAAGUCCCGACGCAGAAGCCGGCGUAGAUUGCCUUACGAUCUGUGCGCGGGAAAAGUUACCCCAGAGUACAAAUUUGUCUAGUGCUUUAUGUGUAAAAGUGAUUUUUCAAUUCGACCGAUCGAAUCACAGUGAAGCGGGACGAAGGAAUCAUAGAUAUGAGCAAAUUAAGCAAUUACGGUUUAAUUGCCGUGCUACUGGUCCAUAUUACCGUGGUUUGUGGCAAGCUCGAGCCAGUUCACCACAAGUGGUCCCGUUCAGAGAUAAUGGAUGGCAACGGAUUGUAUCUUUUGGAGUGGAAGGUGGACCACAAGGACAUUAUAUUCACGGUAACGGUCAACACGCGUGGAUUCGUUGGGCUAGGAUUUUCGCACAAAAGCGAACGGAUGAGUGGUUCGGAUUUGGUGCUAGCUUGGGUAGAUGAUCGCACCGGGAAGCCGAGUGUAUUGGAUUGUCACGGGGGUAAGGACAGUCAGCGAGCGCCGGUGCAGGAUGAUACGCAGAAUUACCAGGUGGAAGGCGGAUUUCAAAAUCUAACACACACCAUCGUUACAUUUCGCCGGGCACUGGAAACGUGCGAUCCACAUGAUGUGAUUAUCGGGGCGGACACAAUGAAAGUGCUCUGGUCGUAUGGCGAUCGUGACCCGGUUCACGGUAACCUUAAAGACCACGGUAAAAAUCGUGGUGCACGAUCGAUUCAAUUUCUUGGACCACUGUUCAAGAAACCAUCAGAUCCUCAGCUACGACACGACAUCCGCCAGUGGGAUGUCACCGUGAAAAAUGUUUCUAUCGACGCCAGCAUGGAUACCUUGUACUGGUGCAAAAUAUUAAAGGCUCCUACCUUGAGAGAGAAGCAUCACAUCAUCGGCUACGAGGCAAUACUGACAAGGGAGAGCUCCACCAAACAGCCCCUUGUUCAUCACAUGACCUUGUUCGAGUGUGCGCCAAAUUCCUACCCAGGUUCGGAUCCAAACUCUUGGGACGUGUGGGUCAAAAGUAGCGGGGCAGUAUGCAACAGUAAUCUCCUUACUCCACGCGAUUGGGAUUCCUGCAUUACACCAGUGGCCACGUGGGGUGUUGGAGCAUCUGGCCAAUUUCUACCGGAGCAUAUUGGCAUCCCGAUUGGUGGGAACAAAGGAGGUGCCAAAUACUACAUGCUUGAGGUACAUUACGACAACCCACGCGCGAAACGGGUGCUGGAUCAUUCUGGAUUUCGGAUGCAUUAUACAAGACAUGUGCGACAGUAUGAUGCCGGGAUGCUGAUUUCUGGAGUUUCCAUUUCCGACACACAAAUGAUACCUCCAGGUCAAAAGCUGUACAGAAAUGUAGGAAUUUGUGGUCCUUCUUGUACCGGUGCAGUUUUUCCAGCGGGUGGAAUCAACAUUGUAUCGGCGGCAUUACACUCUCACGUUGCCGGUAGAAAAAUGAAGUUAAGGCACGUGAGAGAUGGAAAAGAGCUACCGCGUAUAGUCGAGGAUGAUAACUAUGACCACAACUUUCAGCAAAUCCGUCAGCUUGAAAAUGAGACUAAUAUUAUGCCUGGUGACUAUUUGAUCACGGAUUGUGCCUACGAGACUAUCGGCAGGAAACGACCAACACUUGGAGGUUAUUCGACCAAACAAGAAAUGUGUUUAUCUUUCAUCACAUAUUAUCCAAAGAUUGACCUAGCCGGAUGCUACAGUAUGACUCCUGUUAAGGAAUUCUUCGAAACAUUUGGUGUAUUUCAGUUCUACUCAAUGAACAUGACAGAUGUGGAGAAUUUGUUCCUCUACAACGGAAACAUACUCGAUCUUCUACCUACGACUGUAUUUCCGAAUUUUGCUCCUGGAGGUGACAUUGACGACGAACAGAAUCAAAUCGCCAUUAAGGCACUUCAAAGUGCCAAGGAGUACAGUAUCGUGGAUGAGGAAGAUAUAUUGUACAAAGAAUCAAUUCUUAAUAAAUUGAUAAUAUCCGAUCCCAUCGAAUUCCAUGAUCGGACGUUCCUUUCGCAUCUGAACCAGUUACCUUGGCAGGAGCCACUCUUUACCAGGCGUGUGGAACAGAGUAUACUGACGGGGAAACAUAUGACUUUCUGCCGAGUUUCAAAUGAUUCGAUAUCAGUUGCGGCAGAAAUUUUCAAAUAUCCCACGUUUGACACAUUUGUCAAACCUCCUAGUCACUGUCCUUUCCACCUUUUCGUGGAAUUCAAUCAGUCAUCGGAAGCGAGAAAAUUAUCUAGCACAAAGGCGCUGGUGCUGCUGUUACUAUUAUUUGUCCAUCGAUACCUUUAACUUACGACGACAAACUAGUCCUUGAGACACUAUCCGAGAAGAUUCAAUGUCAUCUACUAAAAGUACGAUCUAGUGUAACGAUCAAUUAUAUCUUCUGUUUCAUUUACAUUGUUUAAAUUUCCCCAUUUAACUUAUUAUCCCUUCACCUCUCUUAGUACUAUAUAAUUGGAUAAUUUAUUUA